AUGUUUCUAAGGCAUGUGCGCCUGGAAUUGGGUUUUAAAACAAACUACGAACAAGAUCCUGUACUUACACACAAUUUCAGUAAAAUUACUGCUCUUGCAUUUCUUCAACCAUCUAAUAUUAGUCAAGAUUUUGACGAUCUUUAUAAUUCAUCACCACCAAUACUUCAUCCACUACUUGAUGACUUUGAAGACACUUAUAUACGCGGACACCAGUCAACAGAAAGAUCCAAACCUAUGUUUCCAGUUGAAUUGUGGAACAUGCAUCUACGAACAACUGAUCUUUUAAUGCGUACAAAUAAUUCAGCCGAAGCUUGGCAUCAUGGUCUUAACUCAAUCAUUCAAUGUCAACAUCCUACCCUUUGGGAUUUCAAUGAAAGUCUACAGAACGAAGAAUAUUUUAUUCAUUGUCAAUUGAUUAAACUUAAUUCUGGUCAAAAAGUUGAACUAAGCAAAAAUUUGAACUGUCCUCUAUUAUGGGAACAUGAAACCAAAAAUUAUCAUUUACAAGAAAAAGGAAUGACUUUGAAAAUUGGCAUUGAUUUUGGCGGUGUUCUAUCCAUUCUCGAUAAACAUGAUGAACACGGUGGUCAUGGACAUAAAUCUACUGAUAUUAAUAUACCUGAUGCAUUAGUCUCACUUCGAUCAUUGAAAAGUAAAGGUCAUGAAUUGUAUUUAAUAUCUUUCUGUGGUAGAACACGUGCAAUAAAGACAACCAAUUCAAUUCUAGAAAUGAUACCUGAUAUAUUUAAUGGAUUGUACUUUGUUAAGAAUAAGAUAUUUAAAGCAGAUGUAUGCAAAUAUUUAGGAUGUGAUUUAAUGAUUGAUGAUACAUUGGAUGUUCUUAAACAAAUUCAUUUGACUAUUCCAACAAUGAAUUUAUGUUGGUUUCAAGGUGAUCCUAAUUGGAGAUACAACAAACAUUAUGAAAAUGAACAAAUUUUUUGUUCAAAAACAUGGCCAGAUGUGUUAAAUAGUGUCGAAGAAAUUCAAACACAAGAGAUUCGACGUCAUUUAGUAGAUCUCGAUACAUCAUUGGAUCAUAAAAUUUAUAAGAUGUGA